UGUUCAAAACGUCAACUGUUCACACACCUCUCUGGCGCCCUCCGUGGAAAGCCAACAGCGAGAGCUGGGGGCAGACAGCGGAAGGAAGAAGACGUAACUGUUGCCUUCGGGACGGCACGAUGGACACGGCAGAAACGUCUGUGGCGGACGUAGCCAUGGCGGUGGAUUCCCUCUGGGUUCUGCUUGGGGCUGCGAUGGUCUUCUUCAUGCAGGCUGGCUUCGCGAUGUUGGAGGCGGGCUCGGUCAGCAUUAAGAACACCAAGAACAUCCUUAUCAAGAAUAUCGGAGACUCGGCGAUGGGGGCGAUCGGGUGGUGGCUCUUUGGCAACGGGCUAGCCUUCGGGAAGGACAGCGGAGGCUUCCUUGGCACCACCGGCUUCGCCCUGAAGGACGAGAGCAUGUUCGGCACGACCUCGGGAGACUUCGUCCCCUUGUCGUACGCGAAAUGGAUUUUCCAGUGGGCGUUUGCUGCCUCUGCGACGACGAUCGUAUCCGGGGCCAUGGCCGAGCGUGCAACCUUCGGGGCGUACGUGCUGCAUUCUUUCCUCAUCACGUCCUUCAUAUAUCCCAUCGUGGCUCACUGGGCCUGGUCCGAUGGGGGCUGGGCCAGCGCCCGCCUUGCUGACGACGACGACCUCCUUUUCGGUUGCGGCGCGAUAGAACUCGCCGGCUCCGGCGUCGUACACAUGACGGGAGGGAUGGCUGCCCUCACGGGUAUCUUCAUCCUCGGCCCUCGCGCUGGCAGGUUCAAUGAGGACGGUUCCAGCAACACCAUGCCCCAGCAGUCCGCAGUGCUCCAGACGCUAGGGACCUUCAUCCUGUGGUGGGGCUGGCUCGGGUUCAACGGGGGAUCUUUACCCUCGUUCGUGUCCAUGCCGGCCGUGGCUGCGAGGGUGAUGGCGGUCACGGUUAUCAGCGGCGCCUCCGGCGGUAUUAGCUCCCUCGUCGCCAACAAGCGGCUGUGCGGGUACUGGGACACCGGGAGCGCCUUGAACGGCAUUCUAGCCGGUCUCGUGUCCGUUACCGCGGGCGCGGCGACCUACGAGCCUGAGGGAGCCUUCGUCGUGGGGCUCAUUGGCGGGAUGCUGUACGUCUUCGCGUCUGCCUUGCUGCUCAAGUUGCACCUGGACGACGUCGUAAACGCCGUCCCCGUGCACCUCUUCGGAGGCAUGUGGGGCCUCGUUGCGGCUGGUUUCUUCGCGUCAAAGUUCGGCUACGCGGCGGCCUAUUCCGAGGACAGGUCGGGCAGGUGCGCCGGCGUUCUGUACGGCGGCAGCGGCAGCUCUCUCGCGGCGAACAUCAUCUUCUUGAUGGCGGUGGUGGUCUGGGUGGGCCUCCUGACCCUCUUGCUCUUCGUGGUGACGAAGCUGACCAUUGGCAUUCGCGUAAGCAAGGAGCAGGAGAUGGCCGGAAUGGACGGCUCCAAGCACGGUGGACAGACGUAUCCUGAAUUUCAAUCCGGUUUACGGUGCCUAGACACACCCGUUCUGUCGGUCGGGGCGGGCGAACGGUAAUGGAGACAUGGCCACCCGCCGUUCCCCGCGGAGGAAACAUCAAGAAGGAAGUAAACAACGAGAAAACGGAAGCUCGCUCUGGACGCUUCUUGCUGGCCGUGGGUGCGCGAGAGACAAGUGCAACUCUUGGCAAGAGGCGCGGCGGUGUCUCUCUCAAGGAGAAGACGGCGGUUGCUUCCCAACUCUUUCGCGUUUCUUUGUUUGUAGUCUGCUUGCUGUUGCGGUUGUGCAUAGACUAUAGAUAGAUGUACUCAUAUGCGUGGCAGUUGUGUUGUUGUCGAUGUCGUGGUCGUUGACGUGGUGAUUUGUGGAGUUCUGCGAAUGUUGUCUUGGUUAUCAGUGUUGUUCGUGCUGAUACGUUGGUUGGUGUGAUUGUGUACACUUCAAAUGCGCAUCAAGAGUUGCAGCGAUGUAAGGGUGUACGGUAGCGUCCGAUCUCGUCGGGGCUGGCCGGCUGUCCUCACGUUGGUUUUGGUGGGAUUUUUGAAUCGUUGCCCUCAUUACGAACCCCUAGAAGCUUAGCAGGAGUGAAUGUGAUGUAGUGAAUGAUGAAACUCGAUUCUGUUGGUUGAUGCAAUCAUGGGGGCGGACUAGAAUGUGAAGACCGUUUGUUGGCGGGAGGAGGUUCAAGACACUGCAGGAUGGGAUUGUUUAUGGGUCGCGGGUAUGCCGAACCUCAGCGUCUUGAUUUGUUUUGUGGCGUCCUAUUGAACAAGUGUAGCCCCAUGGUAAGACUAUCGGCUUCUUUGUCGGUCAAGCGCUUAAUUUCCUCAACAGUAGCUUGGUCGAUACUGUUUCAGGAGAAUGGCGGCCGUCUCCCUACCGGGAGACCUGCUGUAGGUGGGGAAGAUGUCGGGAUUUCACCAACAGAUCGGCUCGAUGGGAGGGGGUGAGUGGUGGCAUGAGGCUCAAGCGGCCAAGGUUUGUAAAGAACACACGCCGCACGCGUAUUUCGUCGUUGUUACUGUACGGGGUACAGGAGCUCACCACGCUCCUUCCUCUACCCCCAAAGUAGACGGGUAGGCAGGUGCUCUCUCAGCUCAAAGCUAUGGAAACGGGUGUAAAAUGUUUGUAUGGUAGUCUUAUUAUUUUGCUUGAUUCCGUUGCGCGCAUGUUCUUGUUUUCAUGAUCGCUCUAUUCCGCUCUUGUUCGUUGACGAAGGGGGCUAGUCAUCACAGAGAGGAGGGGUGAUGCUCAGAUAAUUUGUGUCAUGAUCAUCCACAUCGUGUGGGGGGAGCAUGAGGCGCCGGGGGCGGGGGGCAUUGAUGUGUGUAAAAAAUAGCGGAGGAGCCACUGAUAACAUCUGCAGCUGGAGUCCAUGUUGCUACAUUGUGGAAACAACAUGGCAAGUGCUCCGGCUGUGUACUACCGUAGUAUGCGGACAAUCGCUAGCCCACGUUCUCAUCGUACUUGAGCCUCUAUUAAAAGGAUUUACCAGCUUUUAGAGUUGACCGGGGUCGUCAAACACGACGCAAAUCGCGCCCUCGUGUAGCCCUUUUUUGCAGCACGGCGGGGGGAAGUUNGGGGGGGGGGGGGGGGGGGGGGGGGGGGGGGGGGGGGGGGGGGGGGGGGGGGGGUACUCAUGUUUUGCAUGUCUUCGCGGUUAGACUAUUGGCCACGCGAGCCGUUGCUCGAGGGGGGAAAAGGUACAAGAAAGAACUAGGGCAUGGCGCGGCCGGCCGCCAUACCCUGGUCCUCUACUCCCAGUAGAGAGGUAGGCAGAUGCUCUCCAGCUCAAUGCUAUUGAAAGGGGUGCACCAUACUUGUAUUGUCGUCUUAUCUUGAUUCCGUUGCGCACAGUUUUUUUUUCCAUGGUUGCUCUAUUCCGUCUCUCUUGUCCGCUUGAGUAAGAACGGUGGCGCAGGGGUCUAGCUAUCACAUAGAGGAGGGGUGAUGCUCAGAUGAUUUGUGUCAUGACCAUCCACAACGUGCAGGGGGGGCGUGAGGCGCCGGGGUGGCAUUGAUAUGUGUAUAGUAGCGGAGGAGCCACUGAAUACAGCUGCAACUGUGUCUAUUGUUGGCCGUGUUACAAGGCAAGUGCUCCCGGCUGCGUACUACCGUCCGCAGAAUGCUGACAAUUACUAGCCUACCUUCACGUCGUACUUGAAAAUCUCUUGAAAGGGUUUGCCGGCGUAUAGAGUUGACCGGUAGGGGGGGCCGUCGUCAAACACGACGCCAAUCGCGCCCUGGGGCAGCCCUACUUGUAGCGCGGUGGGGGGGAGUUCGUCAGUAGGAAAGGUAUGUUCCAACGGGGGGGUGCUCUGCUCGUUGGGGGGGAGGUACAAGAAAGAGUAUCAGCUGCUUUGGCUCGGAUCACAUCCGCUAGUCCUCAUCCACCAAAAACAAAAGGUGAGACCGCGUGGCUCCGAAGCAUCCAUAGACAUGAUCAGAAGACGAACCGUCUCCUGGGCCUCGCGUGAUGAGGUGUCGGGCGCGAGGGGGUCUGCGGCGAUGAGGAUUCGUUACUUUUUCUUCGGAGUUUGACCGGUGGCGACUGCGCACACUCACUCCUUUUCGAGACGUGCGGGCGGAGCAGGACAUGACUUCAGGAGACCGUAUGUGCUUCGUCUAGAAUUUAAUAGGUGCC